AUGGCCCGCAGCGGAUUGUCUGCUGGGUCAACGAUCGCUUCGUCCGGGGGACUUGCCGGAGCCCUGUCGCGUGUCUUCCUACGAUCAUAUCCGCUCGUCGAUGUUAUCGGGCUCGUUUGCAUUAUAGCCUGUUGGAUUCUGAUUCAGAUAGUUGUGACUCCCUUCCACCGAAUGUUCGCUCUCGACAACCAAGCUAUUCAGUAUCCUUUCGCGACAGUCGAGCGAGUUCCCGUUUUGUGGUCUAUUUUCUACGCCGGAGUUAUCCCACUUCUCAUUCUCCUCGUCUGGGCCGCCUUGGUUCGGCCCAGUCCACAUAAAGUCCAAGUGACAAUUCUCGGUUUCCUCACGGCGAUUAUGCUCACCUCGCUUCUCACCGACAUCAUAAAAAAUGCGGUUGGACGGCCGCGUCCUGAUUUGAUCGCGCGUUGCAUGCCUAGGAGAGGUACCCCAGAGAGCAAGCUUGUCCUAUGGACGGUUUGCACUCAAUCCAACGAACACAUUCUACAGGAGGGAUGGAGGAGCUUUCCAAGUGGCCACAGCAGCUUCUCAUUUGCUGGCUUAGGAUAUCUGUUCUUGUUCUUCUCCGGUCAGAUGCAUGUAUUCAGGCCCAGGACAGACCUAUGCCGCUGUCUUUUGGUAUUGAUACCGAUCAUUUGUGCUCUUAUGGUUGCACUUUCUCGUCUGGCGGAUUAUCGGCACGACGUUUACGAUGUGACAUCUGGUACCAUCCUCGGAUCUGUGGUUGCCUACUUCUGCUAUCGACGCUAUUUCCCGCCCUUGCGCUCUUUCGGAUGCGAUACUCCGUACAGUAAGGAUGAUUUUGGGCCGGAGGGCUUCGCUAGGGUUCCCGAUGACGAAGAACAACUAUUAUCAGGCCGUAGGGGCCAGUCUUGGCGGGGGGAGGAAUCUUAUCAACUAGAGGAAAUGACAGCCGUACAGAAUCGGUAG